CCUCGAUCGUUCUCAUUCGAACUACCUUGGCUGUAUUUGUCAAACUUUGCGAAUAGUGGCUGAGAGAUGCUAUGAGCUCGAGAAAAUAUACAUCGCCAGCGGCAUUCCACCGCAAACGAUACCCAUCACGAUGACAGGCAAUCUGUUUCCUGCACGACUACGGGUCUCACAUCAGGAAAAACGCCGGAAUCCUUCCUUUCGCCGCAAUGGGAAGUUACAGGCAUGCGAGCCAUGCCGUAAAGGCAAGCUUCGCUGUGACCACAUGCUGCCAACGUGUGGAAGAUGUGCCCGACGAAACAAGCCUGAGCAAUGCGUUUACCACCCUGCACCAUUGACGAAAAGGACUACUAUUCCAACUCCGCAAUGCACCAGUUCCGAUCAAAGUAGCCCGGAAUUGAACAGCUUCAGCACCCUAUUCCAUACAGGCUCCGAGCGUUCAUCUAAUCGUACCCCCUCUGAUUUCGAAUUGGACAGUGCGCGCCGUAAUGGGGUUUUUGGAUCCCUACCAGCUCUCGUACAGUCGGUUGAAUGUAACUCAGUCUCAAUACCGCGCGCUGUUCUCAACCAAUACGACGAGUUCGUUCCUAGAUUUUCCCGAGCAAGUAGCCUUCCCGCACAGUCUUGGUCGCAAAGUCAGCAGUCUACCGAGCGUAGGCCACUACCCGAUGACCAGAUCCGGGCCGAUGCUCUUGACUUUGACAGCCGGUCUGCUUUCAUCAACCACAAUGCUAUCCUGGCAGAAAACGAACUCAGCAUUGGCAUUCAGCCGCCGAGCGCCGACUCAACUCCCAUGUCGAAAGUAUCGCAGUCACACAUCGACAGCGGUGCUGCCGUACUCACGUUGCUGAAGGACCUGCCGACCAUCCAGAAGUACAUUGACAAGUGGUUCUCUUUUGCGGGAGGCGUUGUUGUGAUUGAACCCAUGGUAAAGAUAUACACGUCUGGCCUGUGGUCAACAUGGCAGAAGACUCUUGAAUCUCAGAGACCUGCAGACCUUAGACUUAUGUCGGAGAAAAUAUGGGAGAACACACUGAGACCUGUUUCCCCGCUGCUCCAUAGGCACACAACACCUCGAGAAUUCUGUGCGAAUGUCACAGGUAGGUUUCUGAGAUGGGAAGUUGUCGGUAUUCUUGUGACUCUCGUCUCGCUAGUUGCUCAAUCGUUAAAAGAUGGCGAUCCCGUUUUCUGCUCUCAUGAUGAGCCUCCGGUCGAUCGAGCUGCGCUUGCUCGUAGGAUGUGCAAUGCAUCCGAGAUGUGCGUUAACUUUUGUGAUGACUUCGGAGUGCUGAACGAUUUGUAUCUCUGGCUCUUGUAUGAGAACUCUGUUGCUUACUGCUCUAUGCGGACUCGAGGAAGCUAUGAAAACGCCAGAAAACUUUCAGGCCUAGCUACCGCUCUCCUUUGUUGUAAUCUGCAUCAGGAGAUCAAGGUCGACGAUCACACUCCCUUUUUCAUCGCCGAAUUUCGGAAGCGCUUAUUCAUCUGCGCGUAUGAGAACGACAAGCACUUCGCUACUUUUGCUGGGAGGCCACCAAAGCUGACCAGGCACUACUGUCGCCUCCAAAUUCCGCUUGAUCUUACAGAUGCUCAGACUAUGGCUGAAGGACUGGAUCUCGAGAAUGCGGUUGACGGGGAGGGUUGGAAUCAACGAGGGACCGUGCAACGAUGUACUUUUGCCCGACUUUCUGCGACCAAUGCUCUUAUAACAGAAGAGAUCUUGGAGGUAUCUCUAGGGUAUUCACCGCGAGACGAGAUCAUUCACCGGGCCGCGGAGAUUGAAACCAAGACCAAUAAGUGCUGGGAAGAGCUUCCAGAUUUCCUGCGUAUCGAUAUCGAUAACCCUUGGAGCAUGAAUCGUUCUCCACUUGAGCUGUUAUUCCUGGUGCAAAUUCGGCUGGGCCACCUUGAUCAUCACUUUCUCCUACAGCGAACGCUGAUCAAAAAAGUGGGGUCGGGAUCUGCCAAUCCAAACAUCACUCUCCUAUCUGUGUGUAGUGAGAUUUUCAAACUUGUUGUUCUGAUGGUCGACAACAAGGAUCAUUUUCGAGACUUCCAGGUCGAUUUCGUCUCGAUUCUAGCCACGCACGGAAUUCCUACUGCCGCUGUUCUAGCAGUCGAACUCCUACAUCAAGAGCAAAACCCUAGCUCUGCAUCCGCCAUAGGCUACCCCCUUCAUCGGUCGGACACAAUACAGAGCCUCGCCGUUUUUGUAUCCUGCCUCGGAACCAUUAGAACAGAAGCCAACGGCUUUCACAGCUGCGAUAGGGGCCGUAAGUUCCUGAAGAGAAUCUUGGAUAUGAUCUUAGGCCCUGGACCAGCUGCAUCAAGAAGUAGUCCUCCAAAUGUCGAAGGCAUGAUUGAUCCUACAUUGGGUGCACCGCUGCUGCAGGCUGGUUCCGAUGGCGACUUUGUGCGCUGGCUGGAGAGUAUGGAAUGGGAUCAGGAUAGUUUGGUGAAUUUCAACUGA